AUGGUUCAAACUGCUCCAUACGGAACGUGGACGUCCCCUAUCACACCGGAGACUGUUGCCACUAGCAGCAUCGUAUUCGAUGAUGUGCUAGUCGACCCCAUUACAUCGGUCGUGUACCAUAUCGAACAGCGCCCCGAUGAAGGCGGUCGAUCUGUAAUUGUCAACACGGCUGAAGGUCGGGACGUGAUCCCAUCUGAUUUUAAUGCGCGCGAUGCCGUGAAUGAAUAUGGCGGUGCUGCAGCCGUUGUGUAUGGAGGCGUCGCCUAUUUCUCGAAUGCAACAGACGGCAGAGUGUAUUCAGUCAAAGACAAACAGGGCAGUGAGCCGAGCCCAGUCUCACCCGAGGAUCCCAACAAACAAUAUCGCUAUGCCAACUUUGCCGUGCAUCCUGUUCAAACUAAUUUGAUCGCAUCUAUACUCGAAUAUCAUCCAGACGAAAACCCCCAGAACGUUGUAACCACUUUGUGUGUCCUUGAUACCACGACUGCCGCACGCACAGGCCUUGUGAAAGGCGCAGAUUUCUAUGCUGCUCCAGUCUUCAACCCUUCUGGAACUAAGAUCGCCUGGCAGGAGUGGUACCAGCCAGACAUGCCCUUCGAAGGAGCCUUGAUUUACGUCGCAGAUGUCUCGAUCAAAAACGGUACCAUUGUUCUCUCUAACACGACGCGCGUCGCCGGGAAAAAGCUCGAGAUCUCCACAGGAUACCCCUCUUGGAUCUCUGACACCGCUUUACUUUAUACAUCCGACUAUACUCCCGGCUCGUCCAUCCGUUUCCAGAACCCGUUCAUCUAUUCCACUGACACCGGCUCCUCUCGAGCUGUACUUGCGACUCCGAUCGCACAGGACUUCGCUGAGCCUGCCUGGUACUUUGGGCUUUAUCCUUACGCUCUGCUGGGAGAUGGCAGUUACGGGGCAUUCACUGCCUUCCAGGAUGGCCGCAAUAUCCUAUAUAUUCUUAAUCUCACCAAACCUUCCGACCCGGUACAAAUAGUUGAUUUCCCAUUCGUGGUGGCGCAACAUCUGAAGCAGGCGGGUCCCAAUGCUACGACGUUUGUUUUUACAGCUAGCUUGAACAAUCAACCUGGUGGCGUGCUUCAGUGUUCACUUGGAGCCGCACCUUCGUUUGUCCCGACUUACGAGUACUUGAAAAGGAGUUCCGCGCAGCCGGUGGAUGACGCGUACAUUUCAGUCCCAAAACCCUUUACGCUGUACAAGGGUGGUGAUCCUAACCCAAUUUAUGCCAUCCUGUACCUCCCGAAGAACCCUGACUUCGAAGGACCAGCUGGAAAGAAGCCACCCUGCAUCACGGGUGUGCAUGGAGGCCCAACUUCCAUGUCGACGCAGGCGUUGGACUUGAAAAAGUUGUAUUUUACUAGCCGUGGAUUUGCUUGGUUGGAUGUGAACUAUCGUGGAUCAUCGGGAUACGGCCGAAACUAUAUUGAGCUCCUCGCUGGUAAUUGGGGUAUCCUGGACAAUGAGGAUUGUGAAGAUGCUGUUACAAUGGUCGAUAAACAACAAGGCUUGGUUGAUAGCAACCACGCUGCAGUCCGGGGAGGCUCCGCUGGCGGGUUCACCACGCUUUGUUCGACUACCACAGCCAAAAACAACAAGUAUUACAAGGCCGCGACAUCUGCCUAUGGUGGCAUAUCAGACCUUAAGCUUUUGGCUCAGGCGACGGAGAAGUUCGAGUUGCAGUACAUGUACAAGCUCUUGGGUGGUUCUCCGGAUGAAAUUCCGGACGUGUACGAGGAGCGCAGCCCGUACUACAACGUUCUCGACCCAUUUGGUCAGCCCCAGAUGACUAUUCCACUUCUCAUGUUACAAGGGAAGAACGACCCUGUGGUUCCAGAAGAUCAGGCCACCAGAUUCUUGAAAAAGAUCGAGCAGGAAGCACCAAACGAGAAGCUUUCUUACCACUUCUACGAUGGCGAGGGUCACGGCUGGAAGAAGGCGAGCACGAUCAAAGACGCAUUGAUACGUGAACAUAAGUGGUAUGUGGAGAACCUAUUGUAA